CCCCUCCCCGGUGUGUGCGGAUCAUUCUUGGCAGCAGCAGAGCAGCGAUGGCCACGUCUCCCUUCAAAGCCCUUCUCGUGGGGAAUGUCAUGCCUGAGAAAUGCUACGAGGAGAUUUUGGUCAACUUUCACUGGCACGUGCAGUGCGUAAUGUACGUCCUGACCAAGGCUGCCGGGUUGUGGAUAAUGCUGGACACGUUAUUGGCACAGCUGCCCCAGCUGUUGAGGGUCCUCUGGAAGGGGAGCGCCGAGGGCCUCAGCCUCACAUCUGCCCUGCUGCAGCUUUAUGCUCUCUCAUGUCCUGUCAUCUAUGCGAAGGCCAACAACUUCCCAUUUUUCGCCUGGGCAGACAGGCUGCUCACUGUGGCCCAGGCAGCAGCCAUCGUCUUCCUCAUCCUCCAUUAUCGAGGUGAAACCCUCAAAGGCCUGCUGCUCCUCCCGGGCUGUGGCGGGGUGAUGCUCCUCCUGGCCUCCCGUGCGGCUGCUAAGGUCGUGACGCUGAUUCAGGCCUCCAGCUCCGUAGCAGCUAUAGCAAGCAAGGCUGUCCAGACUUUCACCAACUACAGCCACGGCCACACCGGUCAGCUGUCCGGGCUGUCGGUGGCACUGACCGGUGUAGGAUCUUUGGGUGUCGUUGUCGUCUCUCUGCAGGAGGCUGGGGGCUCUCUGGCUACUCUGCUGGACACUCUGUCCGCCGGCCUCAGCCUGCUGCUACUGGCCCAGGUCCUUUGCUACUCGAGCAGCGCUAAAAAGAAGAGAGAUUAGUGGUGGAGGACACUGAGUGUUGGGGGAACUGUUUUUGUGCUGGUCGCUUGUCUGGUGUUACAUUACCAUAAGGACUUAUUUGGCGCCCUCUUGUGGUUAAAAUGGGAAUUGUUUUCCUCGUGAUAAGAGAUUCUUCUGAAUCUGCAUGUUGCUGUUUGUUCGGCUGUUUCAUAUUCAUGUCUUCUAAAUUUUAUGAAGGGGUAAAAAAAUAUACUUCUAAAUGCAAACAUUUCUCCUAAGAUAUGUGACAAAUGUGAAUAUGUAAGCUUUAAUAAGAAAACUUAAUAUAAUGUCUAUGCACAUGGUGCAUGUGGUCCUGUCAUUUGUAUUGUUUUUGUAGAUUAGCAUAACUUUUUGUUUGUUUGGACAACUGGAUUUUUUGCGUGGCACCUUAUAUUAAGAUUACUUUCAUUAUUGAAUAUUUAACCAUGGAAACUUUGUGUCCAUCCCUCUAAUUAGGGAUUUUUGGCCUUUGCAACAGAGCCUGCUUUCUUAUUUUUCUGGUUUCUUUCACUAAAACGGUUUAGGAUAGGGAGUUCCACAUGCAGGCACAGCUUGUUGCGCUUUAAGGAAUUUCUGAAAUGAGGAAAUAAGAUAAGUGUGGUCAGCAAUUUUCUGGUUCCUCCUUUUCCAGGAUACUAAAGGUCAGCUGAGAGAUCGUCAAAAAAAAUUAACAGUCAAGUGAAAGUUUUACAAAGAACUCUGUGAUCUGAAUAGAUCUGAUACAGAGUGUCAUGUUAAGGCCUGUCAGCUUUUACAGAUUAGUCCCUACAUUUUCGAAAUAUUUUCGGCUGUAGAAUCUCUUUAUGCAUGGCACAAAAAUGUUGUUAACAUCUUUAUUUUUUACCUUAACUGUGAACUAAAUCCAGCGGUGUGACUUAUUGUCUUCGUACA